UGGGAGCUUUAAAUGGAACAAGCCACAACAACCUUAAUCUACUGAGUCAUGGUGGCGUUGAAGAGGGAGCAAUGCAACCGCACAAAACACGAUUCCAGCUUCUCCCAUUGGAAGAUUCUGAUUGGCCCUUCUGAUUGGGAAGACCAUUCCAAAGGGAAGGAAGGAUGUGCAAGGUACAGGAUUCAUAACCUCCCACAACAAUCGGGUCCAGGGGUCUAUGAGCUCGGAAUUGCUGUGUCUGGUACUGGUUUGGGGCGUGAAAUUUACAAGCUUGUCCCUCACUCUCACCGCAUAGUGGUAGUUUACCUUGGGCAAGCUGACAAUGUGAGAUCACGGCUCCAGCGUUAUGGCAGAACUGGGGCUCAUUUGGACAACAAUGCCUCUUCGGAUGAUUCUUCUCUCCAAAAGGGGCGCCCCUUGUUUCAGGAAGUGUUUUCACAAGGGUUCUCAAUCGUUUAUAGAUGGGCUUCUAUGCAAAGCAAGGAAGAUGCCCUGCGAACAGAAGCCCAGCUGCUCAAUACAUUUGAUUAUGCAUGGAACACAAGCAAUAAUGGUACCCGGAGGCCUGAUGAUAUUCUUCAAAACCUCCAUAAAAUUGCUUCAGGCACUAGAACACUUUCAGAUGUGGCCAGAGCGCUUUUACCUUUCACUCAGAAGCAAGUGGGUAUCAAAAUUAAAUCAAGCAAGCUGCCUCUGGCAGAUGACAAAUCAGAUGAAGCAGACAAUGGCAGCUAUAAUUUCCUACCUCGAGUAUUUAACUUUAACAGAUCACGUCCUAGGAUACUUCAGGAUACCACUGGCAUCGCUCGAGAACACGAGAAUGCUAAAAUUUGUGGAGUGGCCUUGGGUGAUGGUUCAAUUUGUAGAAGACCACCAGUUGAGAAAAGAAUGAGGUGUCCUGAACACAAAGGAAUGAGAACAAAUGUGUCCACUUCCAAAGCAAUCAGGGCACCCAAGUCAGAGAGCACUGUGGUAUUAGAACCCAAUGUGUAUUCUCAAACAAAUGGCAAUGGAUACAGACACCAAAAUGCCAGCCAAGAUGUAGAAGACCCUCAACAAACAUCGGUUGGGAAUCCUGUUGAUGAAAGUCUCAUAAGCACUAAUAUAUGUGGAAUCAUCUUAAAUGAUGGCUCCACCUGCAGAAGACAACCAGUUAAAGGAAGAAAAAGGUGUCAUGAGCACAAAGGGAUGAGAAUUCAUGCAUCGAUUCAAACAAAGGGCAAUGGAUACAGAUACCAAAAUUACAGCCAAGAUGUUGAAGUCCCUCCACAAUCACAGGUUGGGAGUCCUUUUGAUAAUAGUGUCACAAACACCACUAUAUGUGGAAUCAUCUUGAAUGAUGGAUCCACCUGUAGGAGACAACCAGUUAAAGGAAGAAAAAGAUGCCAUGAGCACAAAGGAAGGAGAAUUCGUGCAUCUUUUCAUGUAAAUCAGAAAUAACUGGCACUGCACAAUUUCUGCAUAAUAUAUUAGUUCAGGCUUACACAAAAUACUAGCAAACCAUAUGGAUUCAUGCAUUACAAUUGGAGCACCAUAACCCAGCAGCUCUCUAUGAAAAAGGUAACCAACCAGUUGUAGGUAACAAAAAAAUGUUGGCAGCACAAAGGCAUUGAUGAAAUGAUGGAAGGAUGAAUAUAUUUGUAGUGGGGGAUAAACCUCUUGUAAUACUAGGAAGAUUUUGAUGUUUCCGAUUGUUGUUAUAUAACAAUGUAUGUUAGGCCCAUUAAAUCUUGUAGUUGUUUUUAUCUGUAUUGUACAAGUGAUGAUUGUUUAUCGUCAUCAUGAGUGCCAAUUUUUACAUUAUGGUUAGAAAAUGUGCCUAUCGUGACAGCAACAGCAUCUCAGAAUCUCAGAUACCCGUUCUAAAUGUC